UAGAAAUAUGAAGGUACAUGGGCUAUUCUCUGCUUCAAUAAUAUUUUCGUGGGAAAGGAACACACCAAAACAAACCACAAAGAAAAUUUUCUGUAGACUUUAGAAAAAAAUGAUUGGUGCAUACAAAUUACUUAUUCUAACUGGAAUCUUUAUUCAUGUACUGGGAUGUGUAUGCUUUUAUUUUGGAUUUCUACCUUCAAAUGCUUCAGCUAGCAAAACUUUUAGUGACAGAAAACAUGUGCAUAAUGUACCUGCAAAAUAUACUCAUCUUGUUGUCAUGGUAAUUGAUGCAUUAAGAACUGAUUUUGUUUUUGGUGAGGGAAGGUGGUCAUCUUAUAUGGCAUUCACAAGAAAGAAAAUAUUUCACAAUAAAACUUACAGUUACCAAGCAAGAACGAAACCACCAACAGUUACAAUGCCUAGAAUAAAGGCAUUUACUUCUGGUUCAAUCUCUGGCUUUAGUGACAUAUUUUUAAACAUUGCGUCACCAGAGUUUAAAGAAGAUAACUUUGUGACACAGAUGCACAAAGCUGGCAUGAAAAUGUUGUUUUUUGGGGAUGAAACAUGGUUGAAAUUAUUUCCAUAUCAAUUUGAAAGAUUUGACGGGACAAAUUCCUUUUUCGUGACAGACUAUACUGAGGUGGAUGAUAACAUAACAAGGCAUAUAGAAAAAGAAUUCAAACAGACAGAUUGGAAUGUAACGGUAAUGCAUUAUUUAGGACUGGAUCAUAUUGGACAUCUAGCUGGCCCAUCGAGCCCGUUAGUUGGACCAAAGUUAACUGAAAUGGAUCGAAUUAUAGAGCUGAUUUUUAAUAAGCUAGUAUACCGGGACAAGAACUUGGGUACUCAGAGCUUGCUGUUGAUUUGUGGUGAUCAUGGAAUGAGUGAUGCGGGAAGUCAUGGUGGUUCAUCCCUGCAAGAGAUAUUGACGCCUGCUAUUUUUAUAGACACUAAAGCAGGGGUUCAUUUUACCAACAAGACUAUAGAGCAGGUUGAUUUUGCAUCAAAUCUUGCUGUUUUGUUUGGUCUUCAAGUCCCGUUGUCAAGUGUUGGUCGACCUAUACCGCUGUUGGAUACCUUAUACAGCAAAAAAGAACUUGUUAAAAUUAAUCAGCAUUUUGCUUGUCAACUACACUCCAUGGCGGAGGAUAUAGUAUCGAAGACGCUAUUAUCGCAAUUGCUUGCUCUAUGUCAUGGUAACACACACUCUGCGGAAGAGAUAUUACGCCUUACUACCGAGCAUUUGCAAAGUUUAAGUCCAGAAUAUAAGAUUGAGUUGAUGGUUACUGGUAUAUGCUUGAUGAUAUUAGGAUGCUUCACUUUAUUUUAUAUCUUGGUUGCCGCCAUGCCAGCCACCAAUUCAUUAGUGGAAUUGAUUGAUGUAAACAAAGAAGGCGAAACGGCGAGUUUAAAAAACAAAAUGGCGGUCCAAGUUGUGAAUAUAUACCAAAUAGUAUGGGUAUGUUUGUUUCUUGUUAGCAUGUUUUCGAGCAGUUUUAUAGAAGAAGAACACUAUAUUUGGUAUUACUUUGUUACCAGCUUCUUUUUGCUGUUGUUACUGCUAACCGAACGUUCAGAGUCAGCAGUACUUUUGCUUCUGUUAACGUUACUCCGUGUAGCUCGCGCAUGGAACCGCACUGGCGUUAAAUGGAUAGGUUUGGCGGAUUUAGGCGACUGGUUUUUCGAAAGAAAUAUAAACUAUUUUGUGUUUGUUUACAUGACGCUAUAUGUGACUGUGUAUGGUUUCUACAUGUACACGGAAAGAUGGUCGGGAAAAGUAGCGCUGACGUCAGCCUUUUUGUUGCUGACUGUGCAGAAGUUAUGUUCAAAUAAUAGGUUUGAAGUAUUACCGAAAGAUUCUGUAACUGCGUUAUAUUUGUCUCGCUUAGUAUAUUUAAAUGUUGGUGUUAUGGCCUUGUUAUACCAGCUUUCAUACGUGCAACAGUUAAAAAGUGUUGUGGUGGUGUUGAACAUGUUAUUGUUGAGAUGGGAAAACAUUCCUUGGUUUUGUACUAUCAUUUUUAUUGAGUUGGUGAUCAUACAAAAAUGUUUAAAAUGGCAAACGUGUAUUUUCAGUAAAUACCAAGUGUUUUGGUUAUUUCAUUCGAUGUCCAAGUUCACCUACUUCUCACAAGGUAACUCGAACAGUUUGACAACUGUCGACAUAUCCACUGGAAUAAUUGGUUUUGACGAAUACUAUCCAGUGACGGCUAAUUUGAUUACGUUAUUUGCCACUUACGGAGGAGAGUGGUUCUGGUUUGCAAGCUUCCACGAUUUUGUGCAUUCAACAAGUUGCGAAAGGUUAUGCCCACGAAAUGAAGUAUUUUGCAAAAGUUUUGACUUCGAAAGCAAUCUCCAACAACUCCAUAUAGAUGGAAUAUAAUUGUAGGCACGUCGAAAAAUCCACGGCGACAUUUCGUGCACCCAAAGAAUGAACUGGAGGUUUACUCUGCUGACGUAUGCUCUUUUUUUAGGAUCACGUCAGAUAUGACGACUCAAAUUGCUGUCGUGUCGGUAUUAUUUCAA